GACAUCGAAGCCCUUGUCGGCGAGACCUUUUACAUGGUGAAGGCGUUCGAAACCGCGCUACAGAAUCUCUACGGCCUGCCGUUGCUCGACAGGCAGAACCUUCCGCGUUUCACUAUGAUGGCGAUGGGAUAUACCGGCGAGGAUGUGCAUAAAACAGUGAAGUUUGGAAUGAGCGCCGCAACCGCUGAUUUUGCAAUCUGCUACGCCAUUUCUGGCGCGUUUCUGGGCCUCCUCGAGAUCAUGGAAACAGGCAUGAAGUUGGUAAUGGAAUUCGUGGAUUGGGAUAACAUCGAGAUGGUGCUCUACUUUGCGCUGUCCGUUUCCAAGUUCAUUAUUACCUGCCCUGGAUAUCCGCUAUCGUUAUCAUUUUCAGCGGAACAGGAGCUUGUGGAUACUUGGAUUCCUCGUCUAAGGACGUACCUCUUUACCUUCAUAGCCACUUACUUACAGCACCUCCAGGAGAAACAGGAGACGUUCACACUCUACGUCUCUGCGCAAUCCAAAGGCAUUCCCGACCGCAUCCCCGAACACCUCCGUAAAGUGCCUGGGAGUAUCCUCUCAAAUCCCAAACUGGCAGAGGUCAAGUUCGGAUCCUUCGGUGCUGUCGAGGAACAACAGAAACCUAACCCUGAGGUGGUUCUCGUAUCUGCCAUUUUGAUCGGAUUGCCGUACAAACUUCUACAAGAGGCGUUUGAUAUUAUGGUAGAGAGAAAAGUGUUGAAUGAAAACCAGGCGAGCACAAUUGUCAUCGAAAGAGAGGCGAGGAGAUUGUAUGCGUUGAGGGUCUGGGGAACGCAG